AUGUCUAAGCUCUACGUUUGCUCUGCUGAACCUGGCUGUAACGAAACUUUUACUAAGUUUGUGGACUACAAGAGACACAAGGUCGCACAUUCAGCAAAGGGGUACAUCUGCACUUGGCCCGGAUGCAACUUCGCGACAAUGACGAGAACUAGCUACGACAUCCAUUCUGCUAAACAUACUGGCGAGAAACGCUACGUCUGUCCCCACGACGGUUGUGACUACAAGACUCAUGACCCUGCUCUCUUCACGCGCCACCGCAAGAAACAACAUGGGUAUGUUCCUUUGCCGCUCGGUCGUGGUGCCUCCUCCGUCAAAGGGCCAGGCGGAACUAGGACAUCGUCCCGGCCCCUGGUACAACCCCCUCCCCCUGGUACAUUCUACCAGUACAAAUUUCAACCCGUGCAAUCGCAGUCCGUGCAAUUGCAACCCAUGCAACAGCAACACAUACCACUCCAACCCAUGCAGGCGCAGCCCGUACAAUCGCAGCCCAUGCAACAACAACCCAUGCCACCUCGAUCCAUGCAAGCGCAGCUCGGACAAUCGCAGCUCGUGCAACAACAACCCAUACCACCCCGAUCCAUGCAACCGCAGCCCGUACAAUCACAGCUCAUGCAACAACAACCCACGCCACCCCAACCCAUGCAACCGCAGCCUGUACAAUCGCAGCUCAUGCAACAACAACCCGUGCCACCCCGAUCCAUGCAACCGCAGCCCACGCAACCGCAACCCAUUCAAGCACAAUCCAUGCCACCCUGGCCCAUGCAACUGCAACGGAUGCAACCGCAACCUACCCCACCCCUACACAUGCAAUUCUACCCCACCCCAUACAAACCCGAACCUACUCCAUACCAGCCUCCUCCACCUGUCUACAACCCAUCAUUGGGAGUCUUCUACGACUCGGCAGAUACUGCGGAUGACUAUACCAUGUAUACCGGACCCGCGAGAGCUUCCAAUGGGUGGACUGAGGGAUGUAUGUGUCCUGAAUUGAUGCAGAGGCGCCCUUCGGAGAUCCUGGGGUUUGAAUAUGAGGAUUUUUAG